GCACUUUUAGGAAAGCGGACUUUGUUUACAAACUGUCUGUUGGAAAAGGGAGUUGGUAGAUUGUCAUUUUUUGUGUGAGGUGGAGGAACAAGUUGCAACAACAAAAUUAUGCCGUUGGCAGGUGACAGAAUGGCUACAGACACUGUGGCUUGGUUUGAAUUCCUGCUGAACCCAACCUUACUGGAGUCACACCUCAAUCAGAAUAAUCCAGAACCAUCUGCCAUUGGGUUGAUAAUCCAGUUUAUUUAUAAUGCUAUUAAGAGGAGUGAUGGGAGUAAUAAUGAGGUGGAGACCAUUGAUGUAGCAACACAGGAAUCAAACAAGAAGAAGAAUGCUUUAUCUGUGUUGGCGUUAAAGACUGGCGCGCAUCUCAGGUGGAACCUGGAAACCUAUGAACAAAAACUGCCACUUCACAUGCAAGAUGCUCUCCUCAAUGCCCUGCUGCACGAAACGCUAGAAGAGCUCAGCAGUCCCUCGAGCCAUGGCACUUUGGACACUGGCCCUCUGCUCCCCUAUCAACUGUUCAGUGUUGCUCUCUACCAUCGCUAUGCUCUCAGAGCUCUUGUUCGGGCCAAACUGCCUGCCAAGCCUAUUAAGGUUUCAAAUGUCCCAAUUCCUGGCCAGCAAGACCCAACACAGGAGUCCCGUGAGGUUCAGGAGGGAAUCCUGAGCAUGCUUGACCGUGGGGCUGAGGUUUCCAUUAGAAUCCUGGAGCAGUUGCUUGGGGCUGGAGAGGUUAGAGCUCCAGUGAUGGCUUCCUUCGCAGUUCACACACACCAGACAACCACAGUGAGUCAUGCCUGGGAUCGAUGCCAGUCUGUUGCUGAUGAGCAGUUUAAGUGCCAGAUUCAUUAUGACCUUGGAGCAUACCACUUCCUGCAGGAGAGAUAUGAGGAUGCGUAUUCUCACUUCUCAGAGGCUCUCAAACUCCUGCCAGAGUUGGGUUCUAAUCCAGAGUAUUGCCAAGUGAAUGAAAGUAAGCUCAGAGGUUAUUAUAACAGCUGUGCUUCUCUCUGUGGCCGAACAACACCAGUUGAGAAAAGAUCACUCUAUGAUAGAUUUUCACAUGCACUUAGUAACAGAUAUCAGGGUUUAGUCGGAGUUUUGUCAGAUGACAACUUAGCCUUUGAAAUUCCUUCAUAUCUGCGUAAAAAUCUGGAGUUGGAUCUUCAAACCAGGCCUGAGAAAUUACCAAGUGGGCUUCUUUUGCAGGUCCAGACUCUAAACACUAUACGCAAUGUGUUUGAAGGAGAAGUGUGGCAGAGCAAUUACCCAAUUGCUCUCGCUCAGGCUGGUAAGCCAGGAGUGCAGUUCCUCAUUCAGACUCUUGCUGCUAAAAUGAACCAGUUAGACACCACCCAGAGGGAAAGAGUGCGCAUGUUCCUGUUUUCAGUAAACCUCAGACCAAACAUUAGUGAGGUGUUGGUGCCUGCCAUCAUGACUUGCAACCCAGUGAAAAGCCUCUUCCAGCAGGAUGAGCUAACAGAGAUGUGGCCACAAUAUGUGGAAUCAAGAAUCAAGUCAAUGAAGAAGUCUUCUGAUGUGGAAAUGCUGGGUUCAGGUGAAUUGAAUGACCUCAUAUGGGAUUUGAUCCAUUCAUACAAACCAGACCUUCUGAAGGAUUCUGUUAUGCAGUAUAAAACAGCCUUGCCAGCCAGACCUGAUAUCCCCAAAAAGGAAAUUACAGAACUGAACACAAAGUGGGAGAUGCCAAUCCCUAUAUAUAACACACUGAUGAAAUUGCCAGCCAGUCCACCAAGAGACCUUGUGUAUAUCUACAUUGCCAAGGCUGUAGAACUUAAUCAAGCUAAGAGUUUCCAAAGUGCUUUGGACCUUCUAGAGGAAGCAAACAGCCAUGCAACAAAACUGCAAGGGAGGGAAACACCUCGACUGUGCAAGUUGCUUAUGUGGAUGAUUCUCUUGACCAAAAUACAACAUUGUUUACAUGAACUCCCAUGUGUGAACAACUCCAUCAUGGCAGAACUUACCAAUGAGGCAAGGCAGUGUCUGGGGGGUCACACUGGUCGUGAUGGUAUUGCACCCUGGACUGGGGUUAAUAACUGGUGUGUCCUGUUGUUACUCAAUGCUGGAGAGUGGACUAGCUUACUGGGUGGAACAUCCCUUCCCUCACAUCUGCCUCUCUUGGCCCUUGUCAGACCCCUCGCAGCAACAGCACAUGCUCUCAGGGAGAAACAUACCAACAAGAAGGUUUGGUAUGACUUGUGGGAAGUAGUGGUGGGUAUAAUGGGAGGCAGUAUCCAACAUAAGCGAUCCAGCUCUGGCCAGUCUAUUGCCAUGGAGCGUCAUCAUGACACAGGUAUUAUGAGCAGAUCAGACUUCCUCGAUUUCUUAUCAAAUGUCCGAGAGCCAAGUUGCCUCUCCAUCAUGAUCUCUCUCCUGGGCCAUGUGCUCAACAUCCUAAAUCAAGAACCCAGUAAUGCUGUUCACAUUGACCACCUGGCUAUGUGGCCACCAACCGUUGAUACAGUGGUUUCAAUGCAGUGUAUCCGAGACACACUUGCAUGGACAGUAGAGCACGCCACAAGACUCUAUCCUUCUGGCACACAUACAAAUGCUGCCCUCUGCACAUCUUGGCAUCUCUCAAGAGCUGACUUGGCUUACAUGAAUGACCAGUACCACAAUGCUCUGGCGAGCUACCUCACUGCUGUUUUCGUGGCUACAGACUUCCUACGAAAUGAUAAUGGUGUUGUUCAGACCGUGCUCACAGAUGGAAUCAUUAGGAGAAUGAUUCGCUGCUGCAUGAAUUUGAAUUGUUAUACUCAGGCUGCCAUCCUGUGUCAGUUCCUGGAGAACAUUGACUACAGCACGGCCCUUCGAUGCCUUCAAGAGAGGAACUCUGUGGAUGCAAUGGAUGCUUACUACUGCUGCCUGUGGGAUGUCUCCCUCAUUGAGUUUAUAAUCAACAUGCAUCAGAAACGUGGAGAAAUUCAGCGCCGUGACAAAGCUAUGAAAAUGAUGAGUCUUCUGGAAGUCAACUCAAAUAAUAAUGAUGAAAUCCAGAGAGAAGCUGCCAAGGUCCGGAAGCACAGAUUUCUUCGCUCCAUGGCUAAGCAGUACCUGUAACGGUGCCAGAAGUACAGAGUAACAUCUAAGAAUACAAUACUGACCAAAAUGUAAUUUUAUAAUAAACCAAAAUGUUUAAAAA